CGUACCGUCCUGAUCAUGCCUGAAACCACCGUGAAAGCGCCCAAGAAGGGCUCAAAGAAAGCCGUGUCUAAGAGCGUCAGCAAGAGCGGUAAGAAGAGGCGGAGGACCAGGAAGGAGAGCUACGCCAUCUACGUGUAUAAGGUGCUGAAGCAGGUCCACCCCGACACCGGCAUCUCGUCCAAGGCUAUGGGCAUCAUGAACUCGUUUGUGAGCGACAUCUUUGAGCGCAUCGCCGGUGAGGCCUCCCGUCUGGCUCACUACAACAAGCGCUCCACCAUCACUUCCAGGGAGAUCCAUACCGCCGUCCGCCUGCUGCUGCCCGGUGAGCUGGCCAAGCACGCCGUGUCUGAGGGCACCAAGGCCGUCACCAAGUACACCAGCUCCAAGUAAACAGCGUUUUUGCUUCUGAGACUAAACCAACGGCUCUUUUAAGAGCCACCCACUUUAUCUGAAGAUAUUCCAUAAAUGAAUACUAUAAGCUAUGUUAUUGACUAGACGUUUGCGACCAAAACAAUAUUCAAAAACCACAGAAAAAUGAGGUAUAACAUAAGCAGCAGGUUUUUUUUUCCAUAUUUAUCAAUUCUGUGUAUUGUUAUUGACCUCAAUAUGUACGAUAUUUAAUUACUACUGAUUUUAUUUCAUGUUCUAUUCUGCACUUCUGUUAGAAGUCUUUUGUCUUUCUGCCUGUCAUCUAUGCAACAUCAAUAAAGUAAAGACUAAAAAAAAAAAAAAAAA